AUGUCUUCCACAUGUUCGGAUUGGGAUUUUUCGGUCAAGCCAGGCCAACCUUACUGCUUAAAAGCCCUGGAAAGACUCAGCACUUUGCUUGGCGACAAGGACACAUCUCUCUUUCCAGCUUUGCAGCAGGGAGUUCCUACUGGCUUUGAUGGAGAUAUACCCCGCAGCCACACCCUCAGGCCCCGACGGGAAUCGGAACCCGAUUCCGGCCACGAUCUUGUUGUCUGUGAGGGAAACUGGCAAGGCGCAGAAUCAGAUCCCGGCCUUCUUCAGGAGCUCAUACAAGAGGAAAUCGAUGCCGGUUUCCUCGAAGAGAUGCCCAGCUUGGAAGCCGCUUAUGAACGUUGGGGCAAAGAGCGCGUCGCAGUAGGCAAGGUGAAUAUUGUUAAAGCUCCAGGCCGUGCUUCCCGCUUGGUCCUUGACAACAGUGUCUGCAACACCAACCAAAACUGCACAGUUCCAGAACAGUUUUCUCUUCCCAGCUUGCAGGAUAUCCAGGCCGCUUUCCCGGCAAGAGAAGAUUCGUCACCGGACAGAGGCCUCUUGGGUCUACGACAACAAGACA